AACAAACUCCAUUGCAUUCACGCAACCACCUGGCUUUAAUCCAUUGCACCAGUUGAUGACCAGACACCCUUGGGUUCAGACUUCACCCUCGCAGAAUAAGCCAGCAGCAUCCACUUCCUCGGUUCAUUUUUCUAAAUAAUCCUUCCAUCACCGAGGCCUUCAGUCUCCCACUGCCCUUCUCUUCAUGCUCCUUCCUCGAUAACAAAGCUUUAUUCAACGAUGUUAGAGGGUAAAGCAAUCGUAGGCGAGACGGACAUGCUCCACAAAAUGCAGCAAGAUGCACUUCAUUUAGCUGCAAAGGCUCUGGAUAUAUUUGAAGCCACUGAAUCAACUGAUAUAGCCCGCUUUAUAAAAAAGGAUUUUGACAGGACGUAUGGAUCUGGUUGGCAAUGUGUUGUAGGGACAGAUUUUAGUUCGUUUGUGACGCACUGCCAUGGUUGUUUCAUACACUUUUGCGUUGGUAGUCUUGCGAUUUUGCUCUUCAGGGGUGCAGUAAAUCAAGCAGAUGAAGCAAACUUGUUACCAAACUUUGAGGCUUUACACGCUUAGACUAUCCUUCCAUGUUCUUCUGCUUUUCUGUUCCCCAGGAGCCUUAUCAAAGAAAGAAACAAGGUUGAAGAGUCAAUUUCAAGUUCUGCAGAUCCUCAUAUUUUAUGCUUUUACACUAUUGCUCGGUUGUAUGAACAUCAACCCAACUCUGUGCCUGCAGAAGGGUAUGUCAUCUCCUGCGUAACUUUUUACAGCUGAAAACAAUAAUACUUUAUUGUUAGAAUUAA